CGUUGGACCCUGCGGGGGUCUCUUGACUGCUCAUGUGCACCCUGCAACUCGUGCUUCUGCAAGUGUUCUUCCUGAUGCUUCCCGAGGCCUCCCGGCCUCAGCCCUCUUCGUCCCCAUCAGGGGCAGUCCUCACCCCUUCGGACCUGGGACCAGGGACGCAAGGCGGGACCCUCCCGUUCUCCUCCGUGGGGACUGCCACUCCCCGGGCCGUGCUGCCUGGGAUCUCUACGGUAGGCCCUACUCUCGUGGCCCCUACGGCGCCUGGGAAUAGGACCGUGGACCUCUUCCCAGUCUUACCGAUCUGCGUCUGUGACUUGACUCCUGGUACCUGCGAUAUAAAUUGCUGCUGCGACGGGGACUGCUAUCUUCUCCAUCCGAGGACAGUUUUCUCCUUCUGCCUUCCUGGCAGCGUAAGGUCUUCAAGCUGGGUGUGUGUAGAUAAUUCGCUUAUCUUCAGAAGUAAUUCCCCAUUUCCUUCAAGAGUUUUCAUGGAUUCAAAUGGCAUUGGGCAGUUUUGUGUCCAUGUGAACAACUCAAAAUUAAACUAUUUCCAGACGCUCCAAGAGGUCAAUGCAACCAACUUCCAGGCCCUGGCUACAGAGUUUGGAGGCGAAUCAUUCACUUCAACAUUCCAAACCCAGUCACCACCACCUUUUUACAGGGCUGGGGACCCUAUUCUGACUUACUUCCCCAAGUGGUCUGUAAUAAGUUUACUGAGACAGCCUGCAGGAGUUGGAGCUGGGGGACUGUGUGCCGAGAGAAAUCCUGCAGGUUUCCUAGAAAGUAAGAGUACAACCUGCACUCGUUUCUUCAAGAACCUGACAGAUAGCUGUAUCUUGGAUCCAGCCCUUGAUGCUGCCUCUUAUUAUAACUUCACAGUCUUGAAGAUUCCAAGAGGUAUGACUGAUCUGCAGAAUAUGAAGUUCCAGGUUCCUGUAACACUUGUCUCACCAGCUGAUCCUCCUCUGUUGGCUGGAAACACUUGUCAGAAUGCUGUUUCCCAGGUCAUCUAUGAUAUAGAGACCAAUGGGACUUUUGGAAUCCAGAAAGUCUCUGUUAGUUUUGGACACACCAACCUGACUAUUGAGCCAGGCGCUUCCUUACAGCAACACUUCAUCAUUCGCUUCAGGGCUUUUCAACAAAGCAUGGCUGCUUCUUUUACUGGUCCUAAAAGUGGGAAUCCUGGCUAUAUUGUUGGGAAGCCACUUUUGGCUCUAACUGGUGAUAUACGUCAUGUGAUGACCCUCAUGAAGAGCCAGGGUAAUGGAAUUUGCUCUGUUAAGAGACAUGAGGUACAAUUUGGAGUGAAUGCAAUAUCUGGAUGCAAGCUUAGGCUGAAGAAGGCAGACUGUAGCCACUUGCAGCAGGAGAUUUAUCAGACUCUUCAUGGAAGGCCCAGACCAGAGCAUGUUGCCAUCUUUGGUAAUGCUGACCCCGCCCAAAAAGGAGGGUGGACCAGGAUCCUCAGCAGGAGCUGCAGUGUUUCAGCUAUGAACUGUACUUCCUGCUGUUUCAUACCAGUUUCCCUGGAGAUCCAGGUAUUGUGGGCGAAUAUAGGACUCCAGUCUAACCCACAAGCUCAUGUGUCAGGAGCUAGAUUCCUAUAUCAAUGCCAGUUCAGACAGGAUUCCCAACAGGAAACAGAAGUAUCUUUGACAACUCUUGUAAACUUUGUGGACAUUACUCAGAAGCCAGAGCCUCCAAGGGGCCAACCCAGAAUGGACUGGAAAAUGCCUUUCGACUUUUUCUUUCCCUUCCAAGUCGUAUUCAGCAGAGGAGUAGACUCUCAAAAAGGUGCAGUCUCUCCCAUCCUUAUCCUGUGCCUCUUACUGCUUGGAGUUGUCAACCUAGAGCCUAAGUGAAGAAAAGAGAAUAAUCAGAUUUCAGUUCUCCCUAUGGGAAGCUCUGAAGCAGCCUACUUAUCUUGGCUAAAGCCUUACCAAUGCUCAUGACCAGAGAAGAGCAUUUAGGAUAAUAGAGGACCUAACUGAAGGAAUCUUUGUACAUAAAAAAUUGUAUUUUAGAAAAGCAAUAAAAAUAUUUUAUCCAUCA